AUGAAUAAUGCACAAAUCUAUAUCUAUUUUCAACUAUUUACUAUUGUUACAACAUUAUUAUAUCCAUGUUACUAUAUCGAUUUAAAUGAACGUAUAUUUAAAUGUGAUAUAUGCAAAUGCUUAUCAUCACCAUCACCAACAACAACAAUAUAUUCUACAUCAAAUUUUUGUCAAUUACCUUUACCAUUAACUUGUACGAAUAAUUCUAAUGAAGAAUUUUUACGUUUAAAACUUAAUGAAAUUACUCAUAUAUCUGAUCAAUCAAAAAAACAAAUUGAAUUUCAUAAUUUUAAUACUGAAAUCUUGAACCAUGAACAAAUAUGUUUAAUAAAAAAUUUCUCUCAAAUAACAUUCUUUAAUUUUAUAUAUAAUAAUAUUAACAAUAUACCAAAAUGUUUAUCAACGAUAUCAUCAUUACGUUUUGUUAAUUCAUUUAUAAAUAAUAAUUCAUUUGUAUCAGAAAUUUUAACUUUUUAUAAUACAACAUUUAAUAUAAUGAAUUUUAAUUUAAAUUCAACAAAAAUUUUAAAUUUAUAUUCAAUUAAAUUUUUAAUUAAACCAUUUGAAUUGAAAUCAUUAUCAACGUUAACACAUUUAACUAUAACAUCGACAGACGAUUUUUAUUUAAUUGGUUCAUUUCCACAUUUAUCCUAUCUUAAUUUAGAUAAUACAAAUGUAAAUGAUAAACAAUUAAAUAAAUUAUUCUCACAAACAACUAUUCCAGAUUUGAUAACAAUGAUUUUAUCAAAUAAUCAAAUAACAACAAUUACAAAUAAAUUUCCAUCAACAAUACGUUAUUUAGAUUUAUCAAAUAAUCAAAUAAAAUCAUUAGAUUAUUAUUCAUUUAAAUCCUUAUAUUCAUUGAAUAUAUUAAACUUAAGUUUAAAUUCACCAAUAGAAAUUCAACAAGAUACAUUUACACGUAUACCUUAUUUAGAAAUACUUGAUUUAAGUUAUACAUUACCAACAUUAUCGUUUGAUGAUUUAUUUUUACCAUUACAAAAACUUCACCAUUUAAAUAUAUCAUCGAAUUACUUAGAUACUUUACCUCAUUUACCUAUACCACAUGAUGCACAUACUAUUGAAAGUUAUGAUCAUCAUUUACCUGUACUAUAUGUUGAUCUUUCAAAUAAUAAUUUUGAAAAAAUUGAUUUAGAAAUAUUUUCAUCACCAUCAACUCAAGAUAAAUAUAUAAUUUCACUUAAUAUGAAUUAUAAUCGUUUAAAAACAUUGAAAUAUUCAUCGUUAUUAUUAAAUGAUACAAAACGACGUGGACCAUUUAUUGAAUUAGAUAUUGGUAAUAAUCCAUUAGAAUGUGAUUGCAAUUUAUACGAAACUAUUAGUAAUUUAUUACAAACUAAUACAUCGCAUCAAAAUCAAAAUAAUGCACAAUCAAAUUUAUCGUUUCAACAAACACCUCCAAAUGGUUUUCAUUCAACUAAUCUUCUUUAUCAUCUUCGAACACGUCGUCAAUAUUAUCACAGUUCAUCUAAUCAUUUUCAUAAUAAACAAACUCGUAUUAAAAUUUUACGUUUAUCUCAUUUAACAUGUAUCGAUAUGAUUGAACCAAAAAUUCAUCGAACUUUAUAUGAUCUCAAUUCAUCAAAUAGUCUAUGUUCAUAUAAAAAAUAUUGUUCAUCAACGUGUCCUUGCUGUUCAUCAUCGUUUUUUGCCAAUGAUUGUAUUUGCUAUUCUCAAUGUCCCAUUGAAUGUUCAUGUGUACGUUCUUAUGAUUUAACAACUAAUUAUAUAAAUUGUUCAAAUCAUCAAUUAUAUCAAAUUCCGUUAGAUAUUCCGCAAUCGACAACACAUCUUUAUUUAAAUAAUAAUCGUUUAAAAUCAAUUGAAAGUAAUUUAACAUAUUUAAAUCAUAUGAAAUAUCUUUCAUUAGCAAAUAAUUCUUUGGAAUAUUUAACAAAUGAUGAAUUUUCUACGAUGAUUCAUAUGGAGAUUUUAGAUUUAUCAUCAAAUUCUAUUGAAAAUAUUGAAUCAAAAACGUUUUCAAAUCUUAAAAAUCUUAAAGAACUUUAUUUACAUAAUAAUCGAUGGAUACCAAAUUUUUAUAAUAAAAAUAAUGAAUUUCAAAUGAAUAUAAAUUUAAAUUUUUUAACAUAUGCAAAUGGAUUAUCAUGUAAUAGAACAAGAUUUCCUUCGACAUUUAAUUAUGACAGACCACUUACAGUCGAAGAUUGUUGUAUAAAUUCACAUACAGAAUCAUGUCAACAAACAUUUCGUAUUGAUAAAUAUAAUCUUAAACAUGAUGAUAAUACAACAUAUUCAAAAACAUUUUUCUCAUUAUUUUUUCAUCAAAAAUAUAUUCUUAUUGGUUUUAUUUUAAUUUUAUUUCUAUUAAUAUGUAUUAUAACAUUCUAUAUCAAUCGAAGAAAACGACAAUUUUUAACGAAAGAAAAAUUUUUAUCAAAUAAUGAAAUAAAACAGCAAGCAAAUCAUUAUCAUACAAAAGCUUUAAAAACUCUUACUGAAUAUAGUCAUCACGAAAAUGAUAAUUCAAUUUCAUACACUGAUGAAGAUGAAUAUGCUUCUAUUCCUUUAACAACAUCUCAAACAGAUUUAAGUUCUGUUCUUCAUUCUCAAACAAUUGUUCCUCCACUUCCACCACGACGUCUUUUUGUACCUAAUCGUCCUAUUUCUCAUUCAUCAACAGUAUCAACAUCAAUUACAAGUCAAUCAAUAACAAGUCGAUCAAUAAAAAGUCCAAAUUCUUCAUUAUUAACAACAACAACAAAUUCAUGUUUACAAAUCAAACUUGAUGUUUUAGUACUCUAUUCAAUAAAUGAUAGUAAAUAUAUUCAUGAAAAUCUUGGUGUACAACUUGAAAAUAUGUAUGGAAAACGUUUUAGUUUUUAUUUUAUACAUCGCGAUAGAAUGUUAGGUGAACUUGAUUGGUUAAUUGAAAAUUCUUGUAUUAUUAUAUUAGUUCUACGUAAACCAUAUAAUUUAAUACAUGAUUAUAUGAAAGUUUUAUCAACAUAUUCAACAAUAAAAUGUUUUAUUAUACUUAUUAAUCAAGAUCAUAAUCAUCAAUUAAUAUCAAUAAAAGCACGAGAAAAAAUAGCACGAUUAUACCGAACAUCGGAUAUAUAUGAAUGGAAUUCUAAUAUAAAUGCAUUAAUACAUGAACAAUUAGAAUUAUUUCUUGAACAAAAUUGUGGAUCAGCUACUUAUGUUACAGAUUAA